AUGCCGGGAGACAGGGGGCGAGAUGACCAUGGUAGUCAAAGAAGAAGCAGCCAACCCACGAACCCACGAAGAGGGCGCGACUCGAGUCACUCAUCGCACAACAGCCAACUGCCUGAGAAUGUCGUCCAGACAGCAACUCCUCCUUCGAUGACGCCACAGGAAAAGGCCUGGUGGGCUAUGAGCUUCGAAGAACUCUACCAGCAUGCAUACAGCAAGGACUUUGGAAAAAGAAAAAGUCAAUCGAGGAAGGAUGGUCGAGUCCGUAUAAUUAAGUGGCUCUGCGCAAAAGAAGGGAUAACACCUUAUGUUGUACCAUCUAUUGCGCCCACAACACCAGCUACCGCGACCGUUCGUCGUACCGUACGUCCCACAGGAGCAAUAUCUCACCCCGAAGCUAUUCUGCGCACAUCUGACCCUGAUCUCCAACGCCGGAUCGACGCAGCAGAGUCACAAUAUCGAACAUGGACACAAGCCGACUUGACAGAACUAGCGAUGCAGAGAUCCUACCAACUACUCAAAGACAGUAACGGCAAGCUGCCAUCUAGAUCGGUUGCAGCCUUGGCGAAUUGGCAUGCAGGAUGGGACGUUCUUAAGAGUGAGAGGGAGAAGAAGUGGUGGCUGGGCGAUGGUAUUGAUCUCGUGAACAAGGCCAAGGCGAUGGGGUAUCAGGGUCCUCCUAAUUCGAAGAAGUAUGAUGUUAUUGUGUGGCUGCGUUCUACUCCGGAAGCCGCUGAGCUUGAUGUGGCGGAGAAUGUCGCGGAACCGACACCUAAUAAGAACAGUAACCCUGCGAAGCGGAAGGCGGGCGAGGCAGCGCAGAGGGUUGCUAAGCGGCGGGCGAAGGGUUCGAAGAGGUGGAACGGGUGA